AUGACCCGUAACACCACCGCCACGGCACAGCACAGCACCUCUCCCUACCGACCUCAGCUCGAGCUCCACGUCCUCGUAAUGUCGUCCACCACCGGUCCGAGCCUCGCGCAUCGAUCCAUUUCCAACAUAAGAACCGAGCCCGGCGGUUCCAGUCUCGGCGGCGGCCCUCUCAGCCCCCAUACGCCGUCGCGCGCGAUAUCCUCUACAUUUGGCUCACCGUCCAGCCUCCGCGCCGAAGAAGAUACCAUUGUCAUUGAGCUAGGCUCCCGUUUCAUUCGUCUUGGAUUCGCGGGUGAGCCGCUUCCCAAGGCUGUACUGUCACCUGGCCCCGAACAGCAGCGCCGUGUUGGUGACUUUCGCGCUUGGGAUCCCGAGCAUAGCGAUGAUUGGAGGCGGCGUCCGACAGGCAAGGCUUGGGGAAACGACCAUGAACUCUGGCAGCAUGAUGUGCGAUCGUUGGAUCUGGGUCUCGUCGAGGACAAGAUUGAUCGGGCCAUUCGUGAAGCCUUGACCAAGUUUCUGCUGAUCGAUUCGCGCCCUCGCAGAACCGCUCUCGUCCUUUCAUCCUCAGUGUCUCUACCGCUUCUCUCAGCUGCUCUCGAUGUUCUCUUCAACCGAUUCCAGGCACCGGCUGUGUCUCUCAUGUCCUCCGCCGUAAUGUCGUGCGUUGGGGCCGGAGCUCGCUCCGCCCUCGUUGUGGACUUGGGAUGGCUAGAAACGGUGGUGACAAGCGUAUACGAAUAUCGAGAAGUUCGCACAUCCAGGACUGUUCGCGGAGGUAAAAUGCUCGUCGACGAGGUACACAACUUGAUCCAGAACGAAUUGUGCUCACAUUCCGCCAACUCGGAGAGAAUCCGGCAAGAAAAGCGCCUCGGCCAACACUCUGUUAGCUUUGAGGAGUGCGAGGAAGUAGCCUCUCGCAUGGUUUGGUGCCGUCAAUCGGAACACAGUAGCAUCUCUCGCACGACGCAACAGCAACCAAAGGAGGGUUUGCCCACGGUGGAAGAGCAGGAUGAGUCGACCCUAGCAUCCCCCACGGUCGGCCAGCAGGAAGACGGAAAUGUUGAGAUUUUUCUUCGGUCCGUCGAUUCGCCUGAAACCCUGGCACUGCCAUUUGAAAGACUCUCGGAGCCGUGUGAAAAUACCUUCUUCGCACCGCAAUGUGAUCGCAGCAGUUUCGACGACGAUGAAACUCCUGUACAUCACCUCAUCUACCAGCAUCUCCUCCGAUUACCCAUCGACGCCCGUGCAGUCUGCAUGUCACGCAUCGUUUUCAUUGGCGGUUGUUCCAAGGUCAUUGGCUUGAGACGUAGAAUAUUCGACGAGCUGUCGAGCCUUGUGCAGGAACGCGGAUGGGAUCCUGUGCAAGGACGGGCACCGGCGCAAUACCAGAGCAACCCAAAGAUUCAGAGACCCACGACUCGACAAGUCAUGAGCGGGCCAGCAGAAGUCACAUCGCCGCGCUCGGCGCCGGGGAACGACCAGACGAGCGCGGAAGAGGAAAAACCUCGAGACGCGGCAGAUAUCAUCGAGGACUCACUCAAGAAGCGGAGUGGUAACUACUCACAUAUUCAAGGCCAACUGCGACCUCUGGAGUCGCUGGGGCCAUGGAGCGGUGCCAGCCUGACCUGCCAGCUGAAAGUCGUAGCCAUGGCGAACAUCGACCGGGAACUCUGGCUCCAGCAGGGUGUUAAUGGCGCGGCGCGGCCGAGCGAGAUCGAUGUCAAGGCUCAGCAGCGGCAAAGCAUGGGACCGGGUGGCUUGAUGCGUGGGGCUGCAGGCGGAGGAAUGGCGAACUGGACCUUGGGAGCCUGGGGCGUCAUCUAG